AGUCUUAAAGGAGUCGGAAGAAAAAAAGAAUCGGGGAAAUAAAAAUGUUAAAUCCAAGAGUUGUAAAAGUUUUUAAGACUCAUUUGCUUACAAUUACGACAGUGUUGGCAGUGAUUUUAAGUAUAAUUGUUGGUAUAUCAAUGAGAUUUACUCAUGAAGGUGGAUAUAAUGCACGUACAGUUAUGUACGUUAAUUUUUUGGGUGAUUUAUUUUUACGAAUGAUAAGAGCAAUUAUCUUGCCAUUAAUUAUAUCAUCCCUAAUUGCUGCCAUUGCGCCACUUGACAUAUCACUUAGUAAAAAAAUUGGAAUGCGAGCAAUUAUUUAUAUCCUUGCGACUACCGUCUUUGCCGUUAUUUUGGGUAUUGUUUUAGUGCUCACAAUAAAACCUGGUGGGAAAGGAAUUGAGGAUGCAAGCAAUCCAGGUGAAAAAACUCGUAAAGCAAGCACAAUCACAGACACUUUAUUGGACUUGAUUAGAAAUGUGUUUCCCCCAAAUGUUGUUCAAGCAACUCUGCAAACUUACCAAACAACUUUGACAGCACCAAAAGAUAAUCCCAACGCAGAUGUCAAUGAUUGGAUCAUAUCACAUAAUUAUGUUGAUGGCACUAAUAUGUUGGGUAUAGUAGCCGUUUCGAUUAUUUUUGCAAUCACAAUGAGUACAAUAAGAGAUAAAGUUCCAAACUUAAUUGAAGUUAUUUUGGAGUUUAUGCAAGUUAUGAUGAAGAUUAUUCAGGCAGUCAUUUGGUUGACUCCAGUUGGAGUGUUCUUCCUUAUACUUGCCAAAUUUAUGGAGAUGGAUAAUAUUCUUGAUGUUUUUGAAAAGCUAGGUCUUUAUCUAGCUACCGUCUCGAUUGGAAUUUUCAUCCAAGGAUUUAUAUUUCUACCAGCUGUGUAUUUCGCAUUUACCAGAAAGAAUCCGCUCAAGUUUAUUGGAUAUAUGGGACCUGCAAUUUUAACAGCUCUCGGUACAUCAAGUUCCUUAGCUACAUUGCCUGUGUCAUUAAAAUGUGUUGAAGAAAAGGCAAAAAUUGAUGUGAGGGUCUCACGAUUUAUGUUGCCUCUUGGAGCUACCAUAAAUAUGAAUGGCACCGCUCUUUAUGAAGCUGUUGCUGCGAUCUUUAUAGCACAGCUGAGACAGAUAGACUUGUCUAUAGGAAAUGUCAUCGCAGUCUGCAUAACUGCAACGUGUGCAUCAAUUGGAACAGCUGGCGUGCCACAAGCAGGCUUAAUCACUUUAGUUAUGGUUCUAGACUCAAUCGGAAUUCCAGCACAAGACAUCUCAUUAAUCAUCGCCAUUGAUUGGAUUGUGAACCGAUUUAGAGCAUGUGUAAAUAUUUUGGGUGAUGCUUAUGGAGCUGCGAUUAUUGAAGCAAUAAGCAAAAAGGAACUCGACAGUUUGCCAAUUUGUGAAACAGAUGUAAAAGAUGAUUCGAAUAAUAACAGCAAUCAAGCAGUUACAAAGCUUUAAAUUUGACAUUUUAAGAAUGAUAAGGAUACAAAUUAUUAUUUUUUAAGCUUCUGAGAAAAUCAGUUUAAUGAUUGAUUGGAGUAAUAACUGUAGAAAAUAAAUGUAAUCUUUAAAUAAUUGACACGAGGAUUAAGCACGUGAUAUGAGAAGCUUUUACUCCCGGUUAAUUAAAGAAUAGAUUUAUUUCAACAAGUUGUACAUACGCUAACAAAGAUAAUGAUAAUUAAGGUAAUAAAAUGUAUAUCUAGAGUUUGAAGUCACUUGAGAUCUUGGGGAAUUUUGAUCAAAAGAUAUACGGAAUGUUCUUGUGACGCCUUAAUUUUUUUGUGCAAAUUCUCAUCCCGUGACUCGUUGUGCUUGUAAUAAACAGAAAUAAAAAAAACCCGUUAUUGAUAUAA